AAUAUAAACCCAACUUUAACGCGCGGUUUACAAAACCGAGGGUAUGGUUUACACAUGGCUGUAUUUUUUUAUUACCUGCCACUAGGGGCGCUUCGUAGGAAUAUAUAUAGAACUUGAUUUUAAAAAGGUUGUUUUAAGUCUUAUCCUGGGGAGAAAAGUAUCACGUGACUGAGAAACCCCCAUUGUGAAACUAAUUUACGUUCCGGAAUGACUGGAAUAAAGUUCAUUUGAAGUUGGACGCUCGAUAUUCGCAGAAAUGCGGAAAUUAAGGGACCGUCUCUAAAGUUACAUACGACAUUGUUAUACACAUUUCCAACUUCAAUAGCAUUUGAAGGGAAUGAUGUACAGUCACACAACCAACUGGAAAGUGUUCAUCUAGGUGUCAGGUAUAAUGCACACCUUUUAGAUUUUUGAUAUUUAUUAAAAUAAGCCAGUUGAUUUUGUGACUGUACAUCAUUCCCUUCAAAUGCUAUUGAGCUUUAAAUUAUGGUAUAUUUUGUGUAUGGGCCAAUUCUGUAGUGAAAUACAUGUGUAAUUUACAUAUGAUUUAAUAGCUUAUUUUGAUAAAUAUCAAAAAUCUAAAAGGUGUGCAUCAUACCUGACACCUAGAUGAACACUUUCCAGUUCGUUAUAUGACUGAUUUAGUGGAACAGCAUGAUGUCCCAGCAUGCUUUGCUCUCAUUGGGGGCCAAGGCAUGGCGCUGCCUGUCCUGCCCCAAAUCUGAACUUCGCCUGGACCUGACACUGGGAUGUGGGCAAACUUUCAGAUGGAACGAGACAGGGGAAGGCCACUGGACAGGAGUGAUGGGGGGACGAGUGUGGACACUAACUCAGACGGACGACACUUUAUGGUACCAUGUAUACAGACGUCACGAGGAUCCGGAUCUCGUUAACGGACGGAAAAGGAAAAAAGCGGAGAACUCCCAAGACUCCGGGAAGAAGCUUAAAGAAAUGGCUGACGUGAAGGAGGAAGAGGUUGAAACGAGCUUUUGUGUGUUGACCUCUGAGCAGGAUCACAAAGACGAGGAGGUGCUGAGAGACUAUUUCCAGUUGAGUGUUAAACUGGAAGACUUGUACAAAGAGUGGGGUGAUGCAGAUCCGCACUUCAGCCACACAGGCAACGUUUUCACAGGAGUGCGCAUGUUGCGCCAGGACCCUGUGGAGUGUCUCUUCUCGUUCAUCUGCAGCUCGAAUAAUCACAUCUCUCGGAUUCAGGGGAUGAUCGAGCGUUUGUGUAGCACACUCGGGACACCACUCUGUGAGCUCGAUGGCACACACUAUCAUGACUUCCCCUCCAUUGAUGCUUUAGCAGAGAGCAGCGUAGAGGCACGGCUACGGGAUUUGGGUUUUGGCUACCGAGCUCGUUUCCUACAGCAAAGUGCACACAUGAUUAUGAGCGAUCAUGGUCCUAAGUGGCUCCAUACACUACGUAACACCCCCUACCUGCAGGCCAGAGACGCUCUCCUUACACUCCCUGGUGUUGGCCCAAAGGUGGCCGACUGUGUGUGUUUAAUGUCAUUGGACAAGUCUGAAGCCGUCCCUGUAGACACACAUGUGUGGCAGAUUGCGAAGCGCGACUAUGCCUAUGCUGCAGGAGGUAGACAGAAGACUCUGACCAAUAAAGUCUACAAAGAGAUCGGGGAUUUCUUCAGAAAUCUUUGGGGAUCCUAUGCUGGCUGGGCGCACUCUGUUUUGUUCUGUGCUGAUCUAAAGAAGUUCCAGAAGCUGAAAGAAAUCCCGACCAUAAAAGAAGAAAAGAAGCCAGCAAAGAUGGGAAAAAAAGAAGAAAAGAAUACAAACUGUAAACAGAGAGCGAAUGUGAAAAAGGAAGGAGGAGAUUAAGAUCAACAAUCUGGUCUACCGCUCUUUCAAACAAAACUCUUUCACUGGACAGUUUUCUUUUGACUAGAAGAAAAACUCAGGGAUGAAAUCAAGUUUUAAGUAUCAGUGACUGCUUGUGCUGCCAGAAAGCACGUUGAAUUUUGGUGUAUAUCAGACUUUAUCUCCUAAAGGAAACUCAAUGUACAACACAGCUAUCGUUUUAGAUGGGUUUUGUAUAAAAUAAUCUGCAAAACAGUUAGUCCAUUACAGUGGGUACAUGUGUGUCACAGACGUGCUGACAUUUACUGUAUAGCUGUAGCAUUUACAGUUUAUGAGUCCUUGCUACUGAAAUACGGGAGACACCUGAAAACUACAUUGGUCUGCUUUUUCAGCUAAAGAAACAAUCACGAUUACCCAGUGGAACAGCAAAUUCACUGAAAAAGAAAGGACACACAUAGCCGUUACUUUUUGUGCUGAUGUGAUCAAAGGGAACUUUCCCCUGUGAAUGCACAAACCUCAGUCAAACAAGAUGGUGUCACUCUGGUCUCUGGUUGGUACAAAAAAAUUGAGAUCCUACUAAUAAUUAAGUAAAACCCAUCACACUGGA